AUGUCGGCAAUAACUGAUGUAUCAUCAUUAUACGUGCGUCUUACAAGCGAUGAAGAUGCGUUCGAACACAUACAGAUUUAUCAUUUUGAUGCAAAAAUUAUAGUCGGAGCGAAUGAGAAUGCUGUGUCGUUCCUUACGCACUCGGUCAAAUUGAGACAACGUUCGGAAUUUUUCAAUAUAGCAUUAUCUAACACGUGGAUACGCAGAGAGAAUGGUGUAGCUGUCAUACACAAACCAGACAUAUCGCCUGAACUGUUUGAGGAAAUAUUAAAGUUCAUGUAUUUCGAAAAUAUACCAAAUAAUGUUUUGGAAGCUCAUGCAAAGGAUUUGUUUCUCUACUCAGAUGAGCUGUUGAUCGACACAUUGCUUGGUUCAAUCUUUUCAGCAUGGUUAAAUUCUAUAAAAAGAUCAUUGAAACCUCCGCACUUUUUUAUCGCUGCGGUCAACACUAUUUACAAUUAUUCUAGUCUGAAAUCAUGCCAACAUGAUUUUGUAGCAAUGUUCGAACAAAACCCUUGGAAUUUUUACAAUCAUCCUAAUCUGUCCGAUCUCCAUGAGGAUAUAAUGAAGAUUCUUGCAAAAAGGGCAUGUCAGUAUGGUAAUGGAGAAGUAUUUUUAGACGUUUUAAUCAAAUGGGGCAUUGAAAGGAAUACAAGUUUGGUAAAAGAGCCCUUCCACCAGUGGAAAUCAAAGCAUUUUGAUCUGCUGGCAAACACCAUAUCAGGGGUAUUGCAGGAAGUGAGGUUUGGUCAAAGACCAGAAAGAUAUGCUCAUUUCCAUCACCUUCCAUUUAAUCAAAUAUUUCAUGGUGAUUUUGAAGAGCUAAACUGGUACAAAGAUUGUGAUAUUUUCACAAAUGAACUGUCAGCAAAUUUCAAAGUUUUGGGUUUGGCAAGUACUGAAAUAGAAAUACAUGCUCAACCUGAUUCUUUACCAAUUCCGUUUACUGAUGCAAUACAAAAGGUAUUAGUUACUCGGGAGACAGAAAAUAUCAAGAGUUCAUUCAUGCAAACCACCAAGAAUUGGCCAAGGGUUAAAACUUCAUAUAAUUUUGUUCUCUCAUACCACAAGAAGAUAAAAUUUUCUUUACCAUCAUUUCAUGAGUUUUUUAAAUCAUAUUUACAUUCUGCUCCAACAUUGGUUGUUUUAAAGCAGGGGUCAAAAACAGUUGCAGGAUUGUCUAUGAGUGGCCUUGAUAUUGACAUGUUAUUGACAAUGAUAUAUGGCCUUUCAGGAAAGCCUGGGAAGUUUUUAGGAACAUGGAAUUUAUUAACAAAAAUCACUGAACUGAAUAAGGUUUUCACUGAAUACUCAUUAUUCUUAUGGAAUAUUUCUAAAAGUAGUGAUUGGACAUGUGCACAGAUUGAGCCAUUCACAGCCUGUAAUAUUGGUAGUAACUAUUUAGAUGUAGAAAAAAAGAUUGAGAAGUUUGAAGGUGCCAGCAUAGGUGUAGAUUUGAGAAUUUUUUCUUUGCAACAGAAAAAGAUUAGAUUGGCUUUGCCUUGUUAA